AUGGACGUGAGCAACAGCACAAACUUCACACAACCCGCCGAAUGCUAUUACUCUCGCGAUGCCUUCCCAUCCAUGGGCAACCUGAAAGACUACACCGCUGUCCCGCUCUACCAAACGGCGAACCAUUAUAAAGAUAUGUACUCGAUCCUAGACGACUGUUGCGCCAGUGGUCGAAUGUGGACAUACUCGAAUCCAAAGCCGUGUACUGCUGUUUGCAAUUCUACUUCAACGAAGGCGGCGCAGCAGGUACAGUAUUGUUUGAAUGCGGAGCAUGUUGAAUAUGGUGGUGAUGCCAGUGGGGCGGGACGGGAGGUCGUGGAGAAAAGGACUUGGUUAUUGUUACUUGGUGGACUUGUUCUCAGUGGCAUUUUGAUGUGA